AUACUAGACGGUCGUCCGGAAAACGUCGCCGCCGUCGUCGGUUGGCUUUUUUAGUAUACAAGACUCCUACUUGGUGAACGCGAAGGCAGUCAAAUUGAAUCAUCACGCACUAGCCUCGCUCGGGUUCGGAACGGAACGAAACGACGGAGUGUGAUGUUCUAUUAGGGACGCUCCCAGCAGCAGCAGUUUGAAAAUAUUUACAUCCAAGAAUAGUGAGCUGAGCGCUUUGUGGGGCUGGAAGUGAAAAAAAGAAAACCUCUGCGACCAGACCCCUGAAGAAGAGGGGGAAGAAAAUCUUCACCGCGGCUGUGAAAUUUAAAUAGCAGAAGCAGAAGAAGACGAAGAAAUCGCAUGUAUGAAGAGUGUGAAUUUUAAAUCACGGAGUGGCGACGAAGAAUAGAAGGUGCAAUAUUUAUUUUUCAGGUGUUUCCAAUUUGAAACAAAACUCGCAAAUUCCAAAAUAAAAGUGCAUGACGUUACGCUCGGUGCGGGGAAGAAGACGAAUGAUUACGCGAUUCUGAAACAGCAGGAGAAACAAGAAGAAGGCAUUAGCAUUAGUUUUGGAAUUUUCUUGCCGUUUGGCCAAGGGGAAGACGCGGACAAGGAGGUACCUAGAGCCGGAGGGAAUCAACAAUUUUACGACUUGGAGUUUGGUUUUGGUGCUGAUCCCGGUUUUCGACGUGGCAGACAAGUUUUUUUUUUUGGUUCGGAAGAAGCGGAAGGGGUAAUAGUUCAAUACAAUUAUCUGUCGCCAAGGAGUGGGCGGAGGAGCAAGAAAAAUAGCAAGACAUCGGUCACAUACGGCGACGUUCUGUGCUAGCUGGCAGGCUGCAUAUAUGGAUGUGGAUGGAUAGUAGGGGCACACAUCUCCGAUCCAUCCAAAGGCAAAGACAGACCGGACCGAUUUCUAGCGCGAACGAACGAAGGCCACAGCAAGAUGCAACCACCAGUUUCGUGUUAGGCACUAACGAAGUGACCUCCGCUGCAUCGACCACCACACAAAGGAAGCGAGAAAGUCAUAAACCUACUGCCGUCGUGCCGUGGCUACUAUUUAGAUUGCCUGACUAAUUAUCAUUAUUGGAAAUUCAAGUAGGCAGCGAUCCACCACCGGUGGCGCUAAGGACACGAGAUGGCCGGCGUCCUUGAAUGCGCAAAGAGGGAAAAUCAAAUCUAAGCCAUCUUAGGGGGAGAAAAGGGACUAAGGUCAGGCUGGACAAAGGUCACCGCAACAAGGCUGGAAGUAACAUUGGCCUACUAAAUUUAAUAAACCCAGAGUAAGAGAGCCGCUGAUAAAACGAAUUCACUUGUAGUGGCUGCGAGCUGCUGAUUUCCCAACCGAAUUUCAAAUGUUUGGUCAACGCAGCGAGAAGAUGGAUCUGAACAACGAGAACAUCCAGUCCGCUUCGGAGAUCUUCGAGAAUCGCCUCUACUUUGUAGCCUUCAAGAAGGAUUUCAAACCGAGGGGAACCUCCAACACGCACUACUUCAGCAUCGACGAUGAGCUGGUGUACGAGAACUUCUACAACGACUUCGGUCCGUUGAACAUCUGCAUGCUCUACCGGUACUGUCGGAUGUUGAACGAGAAGCUCCGGUCGCCCCAGCACGCCAAGAAGAAAAUCGUCCACUACACCACGGUCGAUGCGUCCAAGCGGUUGAAUGCAGCCUACCUGAUGGGAGCCUACUCGGUGAUCUAUCUGAAACGAACGCCGGACGAGGCCCUGAAACCGCUAACCUCCGGCUGUAACGUUCUAACCUACACGAAGUUCUGCGACGCCUCCUACGUCUACUCCGGCUAUCGGAUAUCGUUGUACGAUUGCAUCCAUGCCGUGGCCAAGGCGCUGGAUGCCGGAUUCUUCCGUUUCGAUGACUUCGACGCGCACCAGUACGAGUACUACGAACGGGUCGAGAACGGCGACUUCAACUGGAUCGUUCCGGAUAAAUUUCUGGCGUUCUGUGGGCCGCACAGCAAGUCUCGGCUGGACAAUGGCUAUCCCAUCCACGCACCGGAGACGUACUUUGAUUACUUCCGGAAGUACAACGUGACGACGAUCAUCCGCUUGAAUGUGAAGAUUUACGACGCGGCCCGGUUCACCACGGCCGGCUUCACGCAUCACGAUUUGUUCUUCGUCGACGGGAGUACACCGAACGAUGCCAUACUGAAGAAGUUUCUGACGAUCUGCGAGCAGACGGAAGGGGCCAUUGCGGUGCACUGUAAAGCCGGCCUUGGCCGCACGGGAACGCUCAUCGGGGCGUACCUCACCAAGCACUACAACUUCAGCGCGCUGGAGGCGAUCGCUUGGCUGCGGCUGUGUCGUCCCGGUUCCGUCAUCGGGCACCAGCAGCAGUGGAUGCUAAGCAAGGAGGCCUUCCUGAUGAACGAGGGCGUGGCCUACCGGAAGCGGCAUUCGAUCAGCAAACCACCGAAGCACGAAUUCGGAAUCUACAGUAUUAAACAGUACGACGAUGGAGAAGAAGACAAAGAGGAGGGAACCGUGCAGAACUCCACGACGGCAGUGCGGACGUACCUCUCGACGUCGUCGUCGGAAUCGUCAUCGAGUGCUUCGUCGUCGGCAACGUCAUCGACGACGACCACUCCGGUGGCUAACAAGGUACCCGUGGACACAAUCGCCGGCAGCUGCAACAACAAUCGGGUGCAGAUGUUGCUGAAGGAACGGGUCCGGGGCAUUUCUCACAAGGUGGACACGAUGCGUCUGAAUGACGAAGAGGAACAACAACAAAAGCAAAGGCAAAGCAACCACUUGAACAACAACUUUGAUGGUGGAACGCCGGCCAGUUUGAUUGUGGAUGUGGUCGAUGGCGUCGGUGCUUCGACACCACCGUUGAAUCCGGAUACGAAAUGUGCCACGAUUCCGGUGACCAGGAGAUCGAAGACGGUGCGAACCAGCCGACUAAUAACGUUGGAGCAAUCGCAGCAGACGCAGGGCGAUAAGCUGAACCAGAUCAAGGCCAUGCGGAGGAGACCCUCGCGAUCGGCCAACGUGAUCACGCAGUGUCAUGACGAAACGAUCACUAAUAACAACCGUUUUAAUCUGAACCACGCCCAUCACUAUCAUCACCAUCAUCAUCAUCACCACCACCAUCAUACCCGUGCUAAAUCUCAACCAUUCCGCAAUACUACUGCUGCUAUUAAUCCGAACAACACAACCACCAACAAUACAACUGCAACUUCAACCAACAACAACAACAACAACAAUGCUACCAUCAUCAACAACAACAACAACAACAACAGUGAUCGAAUCGCUGCUGCUGCUGCUGGUGCUACUCCUGCAAGUAUGCAAGCAAAUAAUCUCUUGAAUCAAAUCACCUCAUCCAACAACAACAACAACAACAACAAUCAUCACAACAAUCCACAACAACGCGUUCCAGCCUCAGCAACCGAAGCAGGAGCGACGGCAACAUCACUCAAACCGCCGCCAUCAACGGCAACGGCACCGUCGGCAGCCGAAGGAGUUCCUGUGCAACCUGCUGCCACCGGCAGCAAUUCUACGGCGCCAACGACGGCUACGGCGGUUGCCAGUAAACGAAUCACAGAAGAACUGCCAGCCGAUCCGGAUCGAGGGGGAAAGCAGCAGUUAACAACAGCAGAAGCUACUAACAAUACGACACAUUCUAAUACCACUUCUAAUUCUACGACAACGGUGACGAGUGCCUCCGCAGGAGGAACAGGUGGGGGAGGAGGAGGAGGAGGAGGAUGUAAUGCCGCCAGUUUGUUGCUACAAUGUGCCACCAGGACGCAGAACAAUCGGCUGUUCAGCAAGAGGUCCGUCUCCGUCAGCCAGCAGCAGAUCCAGCAGCAAAAGAACAAGAAGAACAUACAAACCACAGCGGAAGUGAUCAUCGCUUCGCACCAGCACCAGCACCAGAACACAAUGGCGGGGACCGGAAGCAGUGUAACUACCACUACAACCACCACCAUAACAACCGCUGCCGCCGCCACCACCAACACCGGUUCCGCUGCCGUCAUCAAACUGACCGUCAAGGACGAAGUCAAACCCCGCGCCUCGGUCCGGACGGUUCGGAACAAUAGCCUCGACAGCUAUCACCAUCACUAUCAGUAUAUCAACAUACCGAACAUAAUCACCUACAAGCGAGGGCGAUCGAAGAUUCCGGCAUCGGCGCGGUUACGGUCGAGCUUGGCCGAAACUGCCGGGUCGGGGGGGACACCGGCGACGGUGGCUGUGGGAGGAACCGGAGGGAAAAAGGACACCGAUGCGGACAUUCAGCUAAUACUGAACAAACCGAUGACGAGGAGGAUGCGGAAUGCCGGUGGAGGAACCGCACCACCACAAUUGAUCUCUGCCGCGGCUGCGACUGCGGCAAAAGCGGCAACCGUCGCCGACGAACUGAACGGGAAUGGAGGUCUGUCCACGUCUCUUCCGCUAAGCGGCGAUGAUCAUCGGAACAACAACGGAGACAUCAAUCUGGAACUGACGAGUCUGACCUCCACCGCCGGUAGUCCUCCACAGGGUAGUAGUAAUAUAAACAGCGUGGUCAAGCGCAACAAACGAUCUCGAAGCAGUACAAAAAUUGAAAAGGAGAAAAACGAUGAGAAGGGAAGCAAGUUGCUGCGGAAGAAUGGUGGCGGUGGCCCCGCGGCAAGCGCUAUUCCGGUGGCCACGAAGAUCGGCGCCGAGUCGUCGAAGGGAGCGAGCAGCGAGAGUAUCACCUCGGCGGCAAGUACUCCGACUGCCAGCCUAACGAGGAAUACUUUCAGCAGCAGUUCGCUGAACCGGAAGGCGGGUCAGGCUCAGAUCGGCGGAGUCAAGCAACCGGUUACUGCUGCUGCUGCUGCUGCUGGUGGGCAGGAAAGUUCCUCCGCCAGCAAUUCGCUAAAGGCACGGAAGAAAUGAAAACCGUACUAAGGAGGGCUCUUGCUGUCUUUAAAUUACCAAUCCUAGAUUGGUAGCUCUGCAAUUUGUUGGACUCGUAAUUGUGUAUUCUUAAGUCAAACGCCGUAAGUAUGUCGGGGCCGGUGGCGAAUCGACUGGAAGUGAAGCGGGCUAAAGUGGGAAUAAGUGUGCAGAAACGGUUUCUGUGAUGUGAUUUCAUAUUUGUCAUUGUUUUACGUUUUAUUUGUAUGUUAAUAUUUUUCUCCUUCCCCCCCCUCUCUCUCUCUCUCUCUUACUAUCGAUCCAUCUCUCGAAAUGAUCCAGUGUUUCACUUUUGCUACUAUAUAAUUUACACACGUUUAUAUUUUUUUUUAGGAUAACAGAAAAAGUUUACAACUUAUCGCAGCGCGAUCGUUAUACCUCUUAAGCUAACUAUUGAAGAUGGUUAUUUUUUUUCCAAGCAUUUAGGAAGUGCUGAAUUGAAUUGUUUCAAAGUUUAUUUGUACAAACUGUGCUCUAUAUAAGCCUAGUAGAUUUAAGUUCAUCCAGCUUCCAUAUAGAAUCAAAACGGACUGCAUUGAUUGCGUUUUUUUUUGGGACAAACAGCACUUUGGAGUUUGGUGUGUGCGAUUUGGUUUUGGUUCUUUGCUUUGCUUGCCCCCCCCCCCUCGAAAACAGGAGAGUAGCAUGAUAAUGUACUAAUAGUGGAAUGUUAAGAAUGUACCUUUCUGAUGCGGAAACGAUAGGACCGAGAGCAUAUUCAAGUUGAAGUAGUAGGAUCUAAUAGGCGUGUAUAAAUCAAUUGCCAUAGUUUGUUCAAUUUUCCCUACCUAAUAGUGUAAUAUAUUGAAACACAAGGAGAAGCUUGUGAGGGGUGCAAUUUUUGACAGAAAGUGUUAGCCUCAGAACAGAGUUUUUGCCGGAAUUAUAAUAGUAAAUUGUUACUUGUACAAAGCUUAUUUAAAACGUUCUUUCUUAUUAUUAUUUUUUUAAUCAUCAGCACUUCGAGAAAUCAGCGCAGCAGUUGAAGAAGAAAAAUCAUUUGCCGAAUAAAAGAUAACUGAGCAGUUCCACGCCAAAUGAAGACUCGAUUUGCAUGAAACUUUGCAUAAUUAUAUAGUUGAAGAUGCUAAAGUAAUACUAAUUAAAUUCAAUCAAUUACUGUCAUUGGUCGAAAGGUACAGUAGUAGCACCUACCCUACCCGUGUCCCUCGAGAUCGUCAAUUCGACGAUGACAGGAGCACAUACCGUGGUAGAGGUAACAAUAGCUGCAAUUUCCAAACCUACGACUGGAUGCCUUCCUUCAGAUAGCAACUUAAGUACGGUAAAAAUCGAUAAAACUGUUUCAAACACAUCGGCGGUACUUGAGCGUGUCGGUGAUCAUCUCCUUUUUGCCAGUGGUGGCGGAGGAGAAUACCCCUCACCAUCCCUCUCCAACGGGGGAGUUUGGCAAAGAGAGAUGAUCAAACCGAUUUGUACCUUCCUAAAGUUGUGCUUGCUCGCUUUCUACUCUCUAUAUGCAAUUUUCACACUGUCGUACUCUAAACGGAACUAUCAAUUCUAUACUUUCAUCUCCUCAUCUAUCGUAUAAAAAUUACCACUUUAGUCUGUUAUUUGAAAUUAGCAUCUUCAACUAUGUAAAUCGUUGACUUCACGCAGAAGUAAUACUAAACAUAUAGUCAAUUUGCACAAUUGUUUGUUAUGGUCAAUCAUUCACAUUAGUGCUUAACUUCGGCCAUUUUGAACAUGGCCGAUUUUUUGUAAAAAUGUGAAUAUUUGUUUAUUUUUUAUGUUUGGAUCAACAGACUAGAAAUAGUCCCAAUGAUGUGUUGUAAAAAAAAGAACAGAUUAUACAGACUACAUAUACUACAGUUACAAACGAAAAUAACAAAGGAAAGCUUUGUCAAGUUACUAAAAAUGUAUAAGUCUAAAAUUGUACACUUAGCUGUUGGGCGUCAAGCGCCUUCGGUCAGCAAAAAAAGGCAGACAAUCUUCGUCGAAACAUAUUAUUACAUUGCAAGCCGUAAAUAGCGCUCCCUAAGCUAUAAUUUGUUCGAAGAAGUGGAAGUCUUAGCAUAAGACUGCUGCGUAGUGAUCGAGGUUGAACAUUAAUGUUCACUUGUUGCAGUAUUGCUUCGCAGUCGAUUCUUCCUUGCAGAGUAUCGGUGACGGUUAAGCCUCUUCGGAUACGCAAGGGCUCGACAUUGAUGAAUUGGCAGCGAUUCUCGUAGCUUGAAAGACGAAGUGGGUAUCUCCAGGGCAGCUCACGGAGCGCGAAGCGAAGAAAACGUCGUUACACAGAUUCAAUUCGCUCGGCCCCAUUAUUGUCGUUCGGGCUCCAGACUGCAGAGCAGUAUUCCAACGUAGAUCGUACGAGAGAGCAAUAGAGCGAUUUCAAGCAGUAAAUGUCUGUGAAGUUCUUAGAAAACUUGAAGACAAAUCCAAGAGUUCUGGAUACCUAAGUCUUUCACGCAAUGCACCCGUUCGAUAGUCGUGCCUAGUAGUUUGUAGUUGAGGUUGUUUCUUGCGCGAGAGAGUAAUGAUUGUACACUUAGCUGGGUUGACCACCAGUCGGUUUAGACUACACCAGUCAGCAAAGAUGUCAAUCUGAUUUUGGAGAGAACGGCAGUCGGCGAGUGAGCGGAUGCGCAGAAAAACUUUCAGAUCGUCUGCAAACGAUAAUCGUGUGGCCCUGUGAACAACAUGGUGAACGUCGUCGAAGUAAAGGAGAAAUGCCAAUGGUCCCAGAUGGCUACCCUGAGGUAUACCGGACUUUGCGCAGAAGCUUACUGAGCGACAAGUACCCACAGUUACUGUCAGUUGGCAAGGUAUGAACGAAACCAUCUCAAAAGAUUUCCACCGAUCCCUAGCCUAUCAAGCUUAGCGAUCCCAAUUUCGUGGUUCAGCUUAUCGAAGGCUGCCGUAAGAUCUGUGUAAAUUGUUAGCAGAGCGUAAAAAAGAAACAACUGAUCACUAAGGAUUGUAACAGUGGAAUGAAUCAAAUUGUUAUUAAUCGUUCUUUACAGGCUACUUUGAUAGGUUUAGGUUUCAGCUGGUUGCUGUGAUUGUUCGUUAUCUCAACACUCCUCCUAGAACUGCACAGGUAGCACACCAGCCGAUGUUCGAUGUUUUGAUAUCUUGAGUUGGUUCAAUGGUUUGGUGAGCAUGUCCGCAACCAUAUGCUCCGUUGGACAGUAGAUCACGGACAGCAUGCCUUGUUGAACAAGAUCCAUGGUGAACUGGAACUGUCGGAUGGCACUCUGGUUGUCCUCGAGUAGCAGGAUUUAAGUUUCCGGCACGUGGAAAUCCUUCAUCAGCUUUCGAAUCCGGAGAAGUUCUUGACAUGCCUCUGCAGCAGCAAUAAACUCAGCCUCCGUUGAAGAUAGGGCAACGCAGGUUUGCUUCCUUGCCGCCUAACUGAUCGCACCUACACCGAACAUAAUCAGAAAACCGCUAUUGGAUUUACGGUCCCGAUGAUCGCCUGCCCAAUCUGCAUUUGCGUAAGCCUUCAGGUCAACAUUUUUGCCGCCCAAAUGCAAUCGAAAAUGCUUUGUCACCAGGAGAUACCGCAUAAUGCGCUUUGCUCCAGUCCAAUCUGCUGCAUUCGGAGCACUCACCUUUCGCCCAAGUAAUGAAACGCUGAUCGCUACAUCGGGCCUCGUAUUGAUCGCUAUGUAGAGCAAACCACCAACCAAACUGGAGUACGAAGUAUUGUUUGGUAGCUUGCUGGACUCCUCCUCUUUGCUUGAAGAUAGUCGGGGUCCAUCGGGAUAAGUGAUGGCUUUGCCGUUUCGAGUCCGAAUCGCGAAGCCAGUCGCUGGAUGUAGCACUGUUGGUUGAGCAGAAACCUUUCAUCAUUUUUCCCGCUCCACCUGUAUGCCCAGGUACUGCCACACAUCGCUAAGAGAAGUGGCUUUGAACUUCCUCGAUAAUGCUUUCAGGAUCGCUUCAUAUUCCGCCUCGGUCUCACAUACGAUGAGCAUAUCGUCGACGUACAGAAGGAUGAACGCUUGCUUCUCACCCUUGGUCCUUACGCAUAGGCACGCAUCAGCAGUUGAUUGUAGAAAUCCCAGCUUCUUGAAGGAAUCGUCAAUCGUCUGGUUCCAAAUUCGACCGGAUUGCUUCAGAACGUAGUGGCUUUUCUUCAAAUGGCAAACUUCUGCGGGAUUCCCAGUCUCGUAUCCUUUCGGUUGACGCAUGUAU